ACAUCGCACUCUCAGAGACCCACAGACUUUCUGUCACACCAAAAUCAAAUAUUCAGACUUUUAUGAAAAGUUUUAUUGAAUUAUAGAAACCAAGAUCUGGAUACACUUUUCUUUGCCUUUUGGACCGAGGAGGGGUCAUGGAUCCGAUUGUGGAAGUAGUGGCUUUGUUGCUGGGGUUCAUCGGCUGGGUGAUGGUAGGGGUUGCCCUGCCGAACCGUUACUGGAAAACCUCCACCGUUGAUGGGAAUGUCAUCACCACCUCCACCAUCUAUGAAAACUUGUGGAUGUCCUGUGCGACAGAUUCGACGGGGGUGCACAACUGCAGGGAGUUCCCGUCGCUGCUCGCCUUGAAUGGUUACGUCCAGGCAUCGCGUGCGUUGAUGAUCACGUCAGUAGUGCUUGGCACCUUUGGACUGCUGGGGGCCCUGAUAGGAAUACAGUGCUCUAAGGCUGGAGGGGAAAACUACACCCUCAAAGGGAGGAUUGCUGGCACUGCUGGAGUCCUUUUCAUACUUCAAGGUAUUUGCACAAUGGUCGCAGUGUCCUGGUACGCCUUCAACAUCACGCAGGAAUUCUUUAACCCUCUCUAUCCUGGCAUUAGGUAUGAAAUAGGAGAAGGAUUGUACAUCGGCUGGUGCUCUGCUGUGCUCGCCAUCGCCGGAGGAGCCGUUCUCACCUGUUCCUGCAAAUUGGGCACAGAGGAAAAAUACCCUUUGCCUUAUCAAGCCAGGGGAACCGUAUACUCUGGAGCAGACAUGGCUAGAAGCGUAGCCGCCAGUACUUACGGCCGAAACGCCUACGUUUGAGCAGAGAGAGAAAACAAACUUUUGUCGAUGGCGAUGGGAAUAUAACACCUUUACAUUUAAGCUAAGGGAGCUUUUCGUCCACAACUAUCAAUGAUGGAAAUGUCCAUAUUACUGGAUGUCCAGCAAUGAAUGUAAUAUAGCACCACUGAACUGUAUAUAUAACUACAAUCAAUCAAAUAUAUAUCCUGUACAAAUGAUUAAUCAGCUCCUUAUUCUAAAUAUUAGGGACAGCUACUAUUAGUAGUGCAGAUGAUCCAUUAUUGAUUAAUUUUCUUCAGUGGACAAAAUUAGAUGUAGAAGGAGAGCUUGAGAAGGAUUUUAAAAAUUGUCCCUAAUACUUUAGCAUUUAAGUUGUACAAACAUACCGUAUGCUUGCAGUGAUUUUUAUUUAUGUUUCCCUCAUCAUGUCAGCACUAAAUACAUUUACAGUCACUUGUUUUUUAAGAAAUCUAUAAAUCCGAUGAUCUGCGUGGGAUUAUUAGGCUACACACUUCUAUUUUAAGUGGAAGGUCAAAAUGUGACGAUCCAGAUGUUUGUGUGUGUUGUUUCGUACAGUUUUAUAGUCGUGUAAGAGGACGGUGGAUGAGUUAUCUUUGUGUUGAUGUUUUUUGUUCUUUUUUUUUUACA